GAAUGGUUCGAACACUUCGACCUCGAGUACUUGAAUUUCUGGAUCUCAUACCACUUUCGAUAUAGAGAUACAAGAGAAAACAACAUAUAUUCGGAAGAACGGUGUCUGACGUCAUUGUUUUUCGUGAUGUCUACUUCAACGUUGCUCACCACUGGCCACGUCCUGCAAUAUGAAUCUACCUUCCAUUCAAGAUACAAUCUGCUGUACCCAACGCUGCCGGUACACAGCAAGUCGAUCUUUGGGCGUAUCUGGAGACUUUUGCCAUCGUCGAUACGCCUCAUUGCCUAUAAGGUGUUACUCCACAUCAGCGCGAAAAUAUGGCCUGCUCCAAUUAUUGGAGGAUUCGGGAAGCAACGUCUAGUGUUCAACAUGUACUGCAAGUACAACGGUCGCAUACGAGAGUCGGAGGUUCUUGCGACGAUGUUUGUGGCUGCGAACACCACCAUUCCCGUGCCUCGCAUAUUGGAUGUCAUUGACGAUGGUGGCCAGCUCUUCGUUCUUAUGAGCAGGGUUCCUGGGGUACCUGCUCAUUCUAUCUUCGGGACAUUCGACGCGGCAACCUAUGAUAAGUUUGAACCGGUCCUGCGCGACUGGCUUUAUCAACUUCGUAGCCUGAAGCCAACCUCAGCUGUUGUAGGAAGCGUCAUCGGCAGAGCAAUGAUACAGCCUAGGCUGUCCAGGAAUCCCAUAGGCCCUUUCAUCGACAUAGCGGCCUUCCACAAAUGGCUUCUCUCGUUUUGUGCGGAAGAUGAGGGUUCCCCCGUUUACAGGGAGUUCCGUAACCAAGCCCGAGUUAGGUCUUUUACGAAGCCACACCGACUGUGUUUCACUCAUAGUGAUUUCGGACUACAUAACAUGAUUGUAGAAAAUGGGCGACUCACUGGAUUGGUAGACUUCGAAGGUGCAGGUUGGCUCCCAGAGUACUGGGAGUAUACGGGAUCCAUGUUUUGCGAGUACGGACCAUUGUGGAAGGAUUCGAUGAAGCGGAUAUUGCCCCAAUAUCAAGAUGAACUCGAGGUGGAAUACUAUCUCUGGGAUGCUACAGACCCACUUGUCGAUCCAUUCUGAAGAAGGGACUCAGGAACGAUCGUUAGAACACACAUUAUUAUUUAUCAUAGACUGAACAGACAUAGAGAUCGCCAGGAGUCGUAUUGAAGUUCAAGAGGCGAAGAUGAGACGGCGAGCGAAAAAUUGCCAGCGCGUUGGUCAUUGGUUCAACUGUGUUUAUAUAACUUUGGCUGAGCGGAGUUGAUGCGUGCCAGACUGUAGUCAUUUUCCCGUACACGGUAAGAAAGACCCAAAAACCGUGGUAGCAAUAUGAACCUCUCAUGCAUCAGAUAAGGCCUAUGGAUCAGUAGCGGAGUGCAACACUGAAGGGCUGUAACCGGCGCAACGGUUAAGGAACCGUAUUCACCACGUUCCUAAUACACAUAAUCUUUCGUAGAAACCU